AUGGCUUCAAACGCAUCGGAAGCUAUAAUGCCGAUGGCGGUUACGGCCAACGCCGCCACCCCUCCCGACGGUGUUAUGGUUGAUUCCGAUGAACCAACGAAUCAACAGGGAAGAAAUCGCCAUCACCGAUACACUCAUGAACAAAUUCAAGAAUUAGAAACAUUUUUUAGAGUCUGUCCUUAUCCGAAUGAAAAUCAAAGAAACGAACUGAGUCGUGCACUAGAACUGGAGCCUAAUCAGGUUAAGUUUUGGUUCCAGAACAAACGCACCCAACUGAAGGCUUUAAAUGAACACGAAUAUAACUUACAACUUCACAAGGAAUAUGAGAAGCUCCAAGAAGAAAAUUUACAGUACAAAAUAGCUCUCGCGUGUAUACGUUGCCGCCAGUGUGGUGUCCCUUGCAUCAAUGGAUUUGUGGUUGAAGAGCAUCAAUUGAAGUUAGAAAAUACUCGACUUAGAAACCAGAUUUAUAGGAUUUCUUCAAUUGCUACAAGGUUUAGGUUUGGCAUGAUGUCUUUAUUACCUAUGCAAAACGAGGCUCCCUCGGAGGUUAGCUUCACUACAAUUCCUCCUUCUUUUGGAGAAGUAGUAAAGAUUUAUGGAAACAAUGAUGUCGAGAAACCAGUCAUAACCGAGCUUGCACUAUCGGCCAUGAAUGAGUUGCUUCAGAUGACACAACUGAAAGAGCCUCUUUGGGUUUCAAGCGUGAAUCCUAAUAUAGUUGUGCUAAACAAAGAAGUGUAUGGAAGGCUUUGCUCUAAAGGAAGAAGUAUUGCAAUAGCAAACCCUACAGCAGGGUUUAAGACCGAGGCUUCUCGUGAAAGCGCAUGUGUGAAAAUAAACCGUAUUCAGCUCGUUGAUGCUUUCAUGAACGUGGAUCGUUGGGCAACAAUGUUUUCUAACAUUGUCUCUAGAGCUGUAACAGUUGGAGUUAUAUCAAUUGGUGCGGCAGGGAAUUAUGAUAGAGCUUUACAAGUGGAUCGUUGGGCAACAAUGUUUUCUAACAUUGUCUCUAGAGCUGUAACAGUUGGAGUUAUAUCAAUUGGUGCGGCAGGGAAUUAUGAUAGAGCUUUACAAGUGAAAAUCACUAACGGAACAUGGGCAAUAGUAGAUUUUUCUAUAGACAGGUAUCUGUGCAUGGAUCCAAUAGACAAAUGCAUGAGAAGACCAUCUGGGUGCCUAAUUCAAGAAGUUCCAAAUGAGUGUACAAAGGUUACCUGGGUGGAGCACAUUGAAGUAGAUAAUGAUGACAAUGAAGUUGUUAGUAUUUACGAGGCACUGCUUAAUUCUGACAUGGCAUUUGGGGCUAAACGUUGGGUCUCAACAUUGCAUCAAAGAUGUCAACGUACUGCGUGCACAAUGUCUCUAAUUACUCCUCCCGCUAAUGAAAAUUUGGUGAUAACUCCCAAUGGAAAAAAGUCCACAUUUAAGCUUGUAGAAAGAAUGGUGAACAACUAUAUGUCCGUAGUGAGUUGUUCAGUACCCUUGCAGUGGCAGAUUUUAUGGGCUGGUGCUGAUAAUGUUAGAAUCAUGACAAAAAAAGUGUUAAACGAAGCAGGAAUUCCUUCUGGGGUUCAUCUCUCUGCUGCAACUUCUUUUUGGCUCCCCAUUGAACCAAAAAGGGUGUUUGACUUCCUUAAUGAUAAACACCAACGAGCUAAGUGGGAUAUCUUUUCUUCUUCAUGUGCUUUGACAGAGGUGGCUCACAUCAUCUAUGGCGGAGAAAUUGAAAACUCGGUCUCAUUAUUUAGGGUGGAGAAUCCGAGCAUGAGCAAUACGAUGAUACUACAAGAAACCAGUUCCAGCUCGACAGGUUCCUACAUUAUCUAUGCUCCAGUUGAAACCUCGGAUAUGAAACUGGUUUCUCAAGGUGGUGAUUCAAAACAAAUACCUCUUCUUCCCUGUGGAUUUGUCAUACUCCCGGAUGGACGACCACCUGAAACGGGCUCUAAAACGGGCUCUAGUGACGGGUCUCUUCUAACGAUUGUCUUCCAACUUCUUGUUGAUUCUAUUCCUACUACAAAGCUUUCUCCUGAAUCAGUUACCAUGAUAAACCAGCUUACCAUAGAAACGGUGGAAAAGAUCACGAGUUGUCUUUUCUAA